CCAUCACAUGAAUAUUAUUGCAAGGUGCAAAAAGCUUCCAGAGGGAAGAAGCUCUUGAGGAGAUACUGUAAUGAAAAUGGCUCCUCUGGCCCCAAGAUUGGUAGUGCCCAUAGAUGUGAAGAAGCACCCAUGGGAGCAAAAGGUCCCUCUCCAUAACCGCUGGCAUCCAGAUAUCCCUCCUGUUGCUGAUGUAACUGAAGGGGAAUUUUUCCGUAUUGAGAUGGUCGAUUGGAGUGGAGGACGGGUUAAGGAUGAUAACUCUGCAGAUGAUAUGAAAUCCAUGAACUUCACAAUUGCUCAUUAUCUUAGUGGGCCGCUAAGAAUAGUCGAUUCUGAAGGGAUUCCAGCUUCACCUGGUGAUCUUCUAGCAGUAGAGAUCUGCAACCUUGGACCACUUCCUGGCGAUGAGUGGGGUUAUACUGCAAUACUCAAAAGGGAGAAUGGUGGUGGAUUCUUAACUGACCACUUCCCUAGCGCGAGAAAAGCCAUUUGGUAUUUUGAAGGAAUUUAUGCAUACUCCCCUCAGAUACCAGGUGUUCGUUUUCCAGGAUUAACUCAUCCUGGUGUAGUGGGAACUGCACCAUCAGUUGAACUUCUUAAUAUAUGGAAUGAAAGGGAGAAAAGAUUGGCUGAGACAAACCAAGAGACUCUUAAACUGUGUGAAGUUCUACACCAGAGGCCCCUUGUUCAUUUACCGACCCCUGAGAACAGCUUACUUGGGAAGGUCCAAGAAGGGACUGCUGAAUGGCACAAAAUUGCAAAUGAAGCAGCUAGAACUAUUCCUGGAAGAGAGAAUGGUGGGAAUUGUGACAUAAAGAAUCUAAGCAGAGGUUCAAAAGUUUAUCUACCGGUAUUUGUUGAAGGAGCAAAUCUUAGUACUGGUGAUAUGCACUUCUCCCAGGGAGAUGGUGAAAUUUCAUUGUGUGGAGCAAUUGAAAUGAGCGGAUUCCUUGAGCUCAAGUGUGAGAUCAUAAGAGGUGGGAUGAAGGAAUACUUGACCCCAGUUGGUCCAACACCACUUCACGUGAAUCCUAUCUUUGAGAUAGGUCCUGUCGAGCCACGUUUCUCAGAGUGAUUAGUGUUUGAGGGCAUCAGCGUCGAUGAGUCUGGGAAGCAGCAUUUCCUUGAUGCAUCAGUUGCCUACAAACGUGCAGUUCUGAAUGCCAUUGGGUACCUUUCCAGAUUUGGGUACUCCAAGGAGCAGGCAUAUCUUUUACUUUCGUGCUGCCCUUGCGAGGGUAGGAUAUCUGGAAUAGUUGACUCUCCUAACGCAGUGACAACUCUUGCCAUCCCUACAGCAAUAUUUGACCAGGAUAUAAAACCAAAACGCUUGAGCGGGAGACCACUUCCAGGACCAAAAUUGAGAAGGCUUCCAGAUCUUCUGAGCUGCUCAAACAAUGGACACCUUCCUGCCACCCAAGGCCAAAGUGGCACUAGAGCGCCCUAGUGAUGAAUGUGGUCUAGAAACUGAUGCUGGAUGCAUUUACUUGUGGAUACAAAUAAAUCGUAUGUAUUUUUUUUUCACCUUUGCUACAAUCAUGUGUGUGCGUAGCCUGGAAUAAGAAAUGCGGAUAUGUGCGAGUGAAGUUUUUGCCUUUUGUAAUU